CUGCAUCCACGUCAUAACACACACGGCAGAUCAGCUGUCACGGCAGAAGUUUGGUUAUAGUUGCUGUUUUCCGUGGAAAUUUAACUGAAGAACUACUUAUUUGGCAAUUACUGAAGUCACAAUGGUUUCCCUACUAAAUACGGUUGAUACUGGUCAUGAAGACAUGAUUCAUGACGCUGAAAUGGACUAUUAUGGACUGCGUUUGGCGACGUGCUCUUCGGACAACUCUGUGAAGAUUUUUGAUGUUAAGAAUGGCACACAAACACUCUCAGCAGAUUUAAAAGGACAUUAUGGACCUGUUUGGCAAGUAGCAUGGUCCCAUCCCAAGUUUGGAAACCUUCUUGCUUCGUGUUCAUAUGAUAGGAAGGUUAUCAUAUGGAAAGAGAGUGGCGAGUGGUCGAAAGUGUAUGAAUACAGCAGCCAUGACUCCUCUGUUAAUUCUGUUGCCUGGGCUCCACAUGAAUUUGGUUUAAUUCUCGCAUGUGGGAGUUCUGAUGGUUCAGUUUCCAUUCUAUAUAACAGCCCUGAGUCUGGAACUUGGGAAGCUAGGAAAAUUCCUGGCGCACAUACCAUUGGCUGCAAUGCCGUAAGCUGGUGUCCAGCUGCCACACCAAAUCCAGCAUUUGAUUCAACCAUGAAGGAUCGCCAGCCCCUUGUCAAAAGAUUAGUCACAGGGGGCUGUGAUAAUCUCGUCAAGAUUUGGAAGGAGGAUGGAGAUCGUUGGGUUGAAGAAAAGAAACUAGAAGUUCACUCUGAUUGGGUGAGAGAUGUUGCGUGGGCACCAUCAAUAGGACUCCCACGAUCCACCAUAGCUAGUUGUUCUCAAGACCGAAGAGUUGUCAUCUGGACGAGUGAGGACAACAUCACCUGGACACCCUACACCUUGCACACUUUUGAUGAUGUUGUUUGGAAUGUGAGCUGGUCCUUGACAGGCAACAUUUUAGCUGUCUCUGGUGGUGACAAUAAUGUCAGUUUAUGGAGAGAGAACAAUGAGGGGCAAUGGAUCAGAAUUGAUGGUAAAAGCAAAGAGCAAGGACAGUUGACUGGUGGUGAGCAGAGGGAAAUGUAAUGUAUAGAAUUAAAAUUUCCAAACAUCCGUAAAUGGACAUGUUGAAUAUUUUUUGUCAGUCCUCAAAUUUCUGUUUAUGUUUCAAUUAAUUUCUUAAAAUGGCCUGAUUUGUAUAUUAGAUUUGAAUAGUAUUGCUGUUGGCUCUACUUGUAAAUAUGGACCUGCUUCCUGAUGCAUUUCAAACAUCUAGUAGGAUAGAGGUAUGUUCUUCCUACAUGCAAGUUCGGUGUGCAAAAUGUCACAAUCCUGUUCAGGAUUUUUCUUAUGUUUUAAUUAAAAUAAAAAUAAUAUUCCAUUGA